AUCAAAUUGUUGUUAUUAUUUUUUUUUUUGGCAUCGAGUCAAUUAAUCUUACACCCGAGAAAGGCAGAAACUUUGAUCGGAGGUUCAGGUCGAAGAUGUCAACGGAGAGACGUCCAAUGACCAACGAAGAGAACGCUAUGUUCCUUGACAUAUUACAAGAAGCACCUUUAUUCGGUCACAGGAAAUCGAGAAGCCUAGUUGGAAGUUACCUCUAUCUGAUUCUAUUGGCAGGCUAUGCCGUUUUAGCUGCAGGAGCUCCUUGGAUAUUUCAUCAUCUCCACCAUUUGACACCUUCUUUGCUCUGCUGCUGCGAUGUUGCGCUUUUGAUUCUCACAGGUAUCUUUCAACAGUACUUUGUUUUUCAAGUCCAGAAAAUACGUCUUCAGGGUUAUUACAGUUUCAGUCAGAAGUUGAAGCAUGUUGUUCGUCUUCCAUUUGCAAUUGCUUCAUAUGGUACCGCUGCGAUGCUUCUUGUGAUAGUAUGGGAUCCCCAAAUCAGCAUUCUUUCUACUUCUUCUUUGCAACGGAUCAUCAUGAUUGCUGAAUCAGUGUGUGCUGGCUUCUUCAUGAGUUUAUAUAUAGGUAAUGUGCAUCAAUACAAUUCCGUUAAUUCAAGGCCAGACGUCUUGAAGUCGUUAUACUCUCCUCUUCAACCGUCAAGUUCUAUGGACGGCUUGAGGUAUUAUGAAGGCCGACUUUCUGAUCAACAAACGGCUUUGUUACAGUAUCAGCGCGAAAACCUCCAUUUUCUAAGCGAGGAGAUUCUGUCUUUGCAAGAGAAACUAAGCAAAUAUGAACAAUCUGAUGAUGGAAGCACCCCUCAGGUUGAUCUGGCACAUCUUUUAGCUUCUCGAGACCAGGAGUUGAGGACACUUUCAGCUGAGACGAAUCAACUUCAGUCUGAGCUACGGCUUGCUCGUUCUUUGAUAGCAGAGAGGGAUGCAGAGGUGCAGCGUGUCAACAAUACCAACAGUCAGUAUAUUGAAGAAAACGAAAGGCUGAGGGCAAUUCUGAGUGAAUGGAGCAUGCGGGCAGCAAAUCUUGAGAGAGCUUUGGAAGUGGAGCGUAUGUCUAACUCGGAACUACAGAAGGAAGUGGCAGGUGGGCGUAGAAAGCAGCAGAUGGUUGAGACAUCUGAGCAACCUCCAUUGUAAAAAUGACAAACGAAGCUUAGCUUCUGUCUAGGUUGGUUUUUGUAACUAAAGAUGAUGGAAGUCUCAGAAGUUGGUGCUUUUUUCAUGGAAUCAAAGCUGUAUAAAUGCUUUCUAUCUUUUACUUCCUUGUAAAUUACGACAGCUUUGUGUUUGCUGUUGAAAUGAAGCUAUUGGUACAAAUUGAAAAAAAAAAAGAAAAAAAAAAGGG